UUAGGUGUCCAAAAAUAAAAUGGGGUUGUGACGUCAGCGUUACUUGCAAUCAGUGAAUCACCAAGCCAAGUGUUGCCAAUCAAAUCCAAUGGCACUCGAUCGUGUUUGGCUUUCUUGGGGAUAAAAGCCAGCUUGGAUACUCGUUACACCAAACAACUUCUUCCCCUCCUAUACUUACCACAAAUUUCCCUUUUUCCUUUUCGACAUGCCUGAAGGUACUAUGAGAGCUCUGUGGUACAACAAGCCGCAAGACUUUGAAAUAAAGCAAGUCCCAAUACCCAAAGUCGGUGACGACGACGUUCUCUUGAAAGUAUCAUGUUGCGGUGUAUGCGGCACAGACGGACACAUCCAUGAAGGGGAAUUCAUAUCCAAGUUCCCGCUCAUCCCGGGUCAUGAAGCUAUCGGUAAAGUCAUUGAAAUGGGCAAGGAUGUUAAAGGUUUCGAGAUCGGUGACCGUUGUGUUGCUGACGUGGGCAUAACCUGCGACAACUGUUUCUAUUGCCGAAGGGGAAAUUCCCUCCUGUGUGAGAACUUCAACGCCAGAGGCGUCACCCUAGAUGGUGGAUUCGCCGAAUACAUCGUAUAUCAUCAAAAGAAGCUGUACAAGAUCAAGAACCUCUCAGAUGAAGAAUCGACUUUGUUGGAACCUGCUGCGUGCGCUAUUCACGGACUGGAUAAACUUAACCCCCCUGUCGGCGUUGAGGUGCUCCUUCUCGGCGCCGGUCCCACUGGCCUUAUACUCGCACAGCUGUUGAAACUCAAUGGGGCAUCAAGAGUCGUUAUCGCUGCUAACAAGGGUAUAAAGAUGGAUAUCGCGAAGGAAUUGGAAGCUGGGGAUGAAUACAUCGAACUUGAUCGGCAGAAUCCCGAGGCUCAGUGGAAGCAGUUGAAGGACGAUAAUCCAUAUGGGUUCGAUGUCGUAGUUGAGGCUACAGGUGUUGAAAAGGUUGCCAACCAGUCGAUCGACUAUGUCCGUCGAGGAGGUACCCUCAUGAUCUAUGGUGUGUAUGAGAACAAGGCCCUUGUACACUGGCCUCCAUCGAAGAUCUUUGGUGAUGAGAUUACUAUCAUCGGCUCGUUCUCACAAACAUACUGCUUCCCGCGAGCGGUCGCCUAUCUCGAUAGCGGAAAGGUCAAGGUCAAGGGCAUGGUGACGGAUGUGUUCAAACUUGAGGACUACCAACUAGCUUUGGACAAGAUGAACAGCAGAGGAGCGUUGAAGAUCGCGAUCAAGCCAUGAGUGCCCUAGGAUCCGCAUCAUGCUCCUG